UCACUGUCGCCACGGCAACGGUUGCUGUGUGACGCUUAGUUUGAUCUCCAGGAAGAAAAAAUGGACGACAGUCCGCAACUCGGAGAGAGUGGAGCUGUUAAGAAUGUUGCUAAGACGGGUCGCAGAGCUCGACUGACGGCAGAGCAACCUUCAUCUGACGAGGCUCGUCAUGCCAGGAAGUCUUCCUCAUCCACGGGUGAGGGACCCCCUCCGAAGCCGGGGCGAAGGCAGAGUGGCUGGGCCGAGGAGACCAGUGGGCCAGGCUCUGCAAAGUCUGGAAGACGACCUGCCGUGGAUGAUGUGGAAGACCGCCGCCUGCGACCGCAAACCCCCCAGGGCUCUGAUGAUGAAGGAGAUAUUCCUGUGAUUCCAGACCUGGAUGAAGUUCAGGAGGAAGACCUGACCAUGCAGGUGGCAGCCCCUCCCAGGUAGACCCCCCACAGAGCCACGCUCCCCCUGGCUGUGGAGCAGCUGCUGGAUCACACACAUCUGGGCUCCUGGUCUUGGUCAUCCUCAGCUGUGUCCACUUCAGACAGCCUGACAGUCCUCAGACCAAACAUCUCUUACUUCUCACCAGUCAGGCUCAUGCUUCAUGUGAUGUAGACCUGUCAUGGUUUCAUAGCAGACAAAAUGGCUGAUAUUGCGGAUCCGGCUGCUUGUGUUUGAUCCCAGCCUCAGACCCCUUGAACCCUUGACCUCUGACCUCAGAGCGGGAUCAGCGCGGCGUCCCUCCCUGACCGUCCCCUCGUGUCCUCUCUCGGCGCUGGCAGGAUCUCUGCGUAUCGGCCCGUUAUGGAGGAAUAACAGAACACUGUGAUUUAUGCUGCUCUGUUAGUGGGACCCUCGCUAACGGGGGCCCUCGCUAACAGGGGCCCUUUGAUUUACAGGGCAGUGAGAGACACGCCGACAUGUGUCCGCUAUGUAGCAAGGCUGUGACAGCAGCAGAGGUUAUUAGACUGAGGCCCGCUCUCUGUGCGAGAUCAUAUCCACAUUGAACUCAUUGCCGGGGCAAUGUAGCGUGUAAUGUGCAGUAAGUAGGACUGGCAUGCACUGCUAGGCGCUGGCCACUCUCUCAGCCCCUCUCUUAAUUCUUACCCCAGAUAAGCAGCUGGGUUUCAAUUUGAGGCAGUUACUUC